GGUAUGCUGGGCGGUGGCAACUACUUGAUGCGUUGCCGCCUACGUGACAAACUCUUCCCCGGGUCGUGGUCGAGGGCAGUGGAGCACUUUACGAAAACGAAGGUGCACUGUCCUUGACAGAUCGGGGACAUAUUAUGGCAAUUGCAGUGCGCAGGGGCAAUGUUGAAAGACCCACUCUCACAGAGGUUGGCUGCGGAGCGUGCCCAAACACUGGAGGAGGGUCUGGCGACAGAGGAUGAGCUUGAGCGUGAUGUAGGGGGCAUGCCGAAAGUUGCUGCAACACAAGCACAUAUUGAUGGCGAGGACAAUCACGGGGAGGAAGUGCCCCCACAGAGAGAUGCUACACAUGAUGUUCGCGACCGCUUGCGAGCAGAUGUUGGUAUGGGGGCUGAAGGCGAUGAGGCGGCCAUAAGAGUGCAGAAGGAUCUCGAUCGUCUUCUGGCUCUGGCUAUGUAUCGAGGAGGUGUGCCAUUCAACUGGCUACGGUUGAAGGAGACACAUGAUUACUGGGAUUACAUAGUCACACUCCUGCGCCCCUCCAUCGUGCCAGUGCCACGCCUCCUCUCAUAUGAGGAAAUGCGGACGAGGAUGUUGGACAUCAUUUUCCAUGAGGUUGCGGCGCUUAUAGCCCCAAAGAAGGUGAAGUGGGCAGAUACCGAAUGCACGCUAUUGACAGACGGGGCGACGGACCAGACAAACAAGUCGAUUAUGAACUUCAUCGCAGCAGGGAAGUCAGGGUCGGUCCUCAUUCGCACCAUUGAUAUGUCGGAACGAGAGAAGACUGACAUCAGUCUCGCUCAGAUUUGGGAGAGCGUCAUUCGCGACGACAUUGGAGUUGAUCAUGUCAAUGCGAUAUGCACUGACAAUGUCAAGGUGAUGAAGACCGUGACAGCGGCGAGCAUUCUGCAGUCUCACUCGGACCUCGAGAUUGCACGCAUUCUUUGGAUCCCGUGUGCAGCGCAUUGCUUGAGCUUGCUGCUGAGGGAUAUUGUUGCGCAACCUUGGGCGCAACUGGUCAUGAAGCAAGAGCACAAGAUUGUCAAGUUCAUGAGAAACAAGCAAAAGGCGCAGACACUUCAUCGCAAGGUUGGGGUUUCGUUGAACCUCAAGCGACCUGCGGACACGCGCUUCGGGACCGCUUAUAUGAUGUUGGAGAGGCUGUGGGACCAGAGGGAGGUGCUUGAUUCAGUGGUUUCAUAUGAUGCUUGGAAACGACUGCGGUGGGCAGGGGAUGCACGGGCGGACGAACCAGAGGUGCACAGACUAUGCAAAUCUGAUAGGUGGUGGAAGGAGGUGAAGAGGAUAAUGGACGUGAUGGAGCCGUGUUACACUUUCCUCAGGGCCAUGGAUCGUGACGGAUCGUCACCCUCAGGAUUAUGGGAUUUGGAGUCCAUCCUCAUCCGGAUGAUUGACACUUUGCAACUGCCAACGGGUGAGAGGGCUGAUCUUCUCACGGCGACUAGGCGGCCGGAUUAUCGCUACAUCGACGUAUGGUUCGAUAUGGUGGAGGAUCCCCCUAAGGAGGUGGAUGAUGCAGAUGUCAUCCCACCUGAUGUGGACGAGCAAGACUGGGAGGUUGUGGACCGAGCCAACCGUCGAAAGGACAGUCUGAGGGAUCUUCGGGCGAGGGUGGGAGGUCAUGUAGAUAUGGAGGGUCUAUUGUCCAGAGAUGAUGCGGAGGACGAGGAGGAGCACCGCCAUGAGGACGUAAUCGCAUCGACUUGCGGGAUGGAGAGAGGAGGCGCCUCGAGUUCACAAUGUCCCGCCACUUCAGACUGCGAGGUUAUUCCUGAGCGGUCCCAUGGUUGCGACGUGGGCGGAGAGGAUGCUACAGUUGAGGACCCGCCUCGUUCUGUGACGAUCGCUUCUGUUGCUAGCAUCGGCCACGUAGUUGGGAGUGGGGGGUCUGUCGAGGGGACAAUGCAUCGUGACACGGAGGACAACGUGAGGGAGAGGGCGAAGGGUGACGCGGAUCAGAGGGGGGCUGAACAGGUCGAGGACAGCGGCCUCCACCGGCAGAGGGUGGAGCAGACGAGACAACAAACCAUACACGGUGUGGGGGUUAGACAGAGUGUCAAGCAAACUGUGCAUCCGAGGAUGGAUCCCCUAUCGGACGCAAUUGAGCAUCGCCCAAACUUCAAUCGAAAGGAUGUUUCAGAGCAGAGGACCGAGAAGAGGGCGGUCGACAAUGCUGAGCAGAGACUACACGUGACUGUAGACCCGUUGAAGUCGGAGGGCGCUAAUCCUGCGGUGGUGCAGUCAGCGGAUCAGAGUGUGGGUGGGGGUUUGGACGCUGCGGUGGAGCAGAGGGCAAACUAGAGGGUGGACCCGUCUAUUACCUGUACAGCGGUGCCGAGGGCACACUUGGCUGCUACCCCCACAGUGCAGCAGAGGGUGGAGCAGAGAGUGAAGGUUACGGUUGAUGUUAGCGUGGAUCAGCCUGUGGGAGCAGGGAGAUCACACAUUGCACGCAACAAGUCAGGAGAGAGGAUUGACGAGAGUGUCGCGCAUGUCUCGAACGGUUUGUCGACUAACAAUAAUCCAAACACCACAAUAACGACUCCUCCCGUUGGCGAGCACCUGAAAGC